GUAAAAUAUAUAAUACUUCAAGGUCGCUUUUUCAGGAUUCACUAUAAUCCAUUGUCUAAGUUUUAUCUCCCGUUAUCUUAUUUACAAAAUUUGUGUUGCAAGACAAAGUGUUUUCUAUUCGUCAAUAAAUUUUCUUUUCCCUUCUUAAGUGUGAAAAAUUAACAUAAAUUAUUGACACAAAACAUUAUGUUGAAUUUCUGUCGACAAUCCUUACUUGCCAACACACCAAUAAUAGGAACACGAUGGAUAGGAUCUGUGGUUCCAUUGACAAAUACGAGGGAUUUCCCUCUGAAGAACGAGCCAAUUUUGUCCUACGAGAAGGGCAGCAAAGAACGAGUCGAAUUGGAAAAAACUCUCGAUCAAAUGAGCAAGGAGUGCGAGGAAAUUCCCCUUGUCAUCGGUGGCAAGGAAUUCAAAUCCGAUAAUUGCGCCUAUCAAGUGAUGCCUCACAAUCAUAAGCACAAGAUAGCAAAAUACUAUCUGGCAUCACGUGAGCAAAUAAAGAAGGCAAUUGACGUGGCGGUGAAAUUUCAAAGAGAAUGGGAUCGAGUACCGAUAACAAAUCGAAUUGACAUUUGGCUUAGAGCGGCAGAUUUGAUGGCCGGCAAAUAUCGACAGCAAUUGAAUGCGGCCACAAUGUUGGGCCAGAGUAAAACGGUUAUUCAAGCUGAAAUUGACAGUGCAGCCGAACUGAUUGAUUUCUUUAAAAUUCACAGUUGGUUCCUUCAGGAGGCGCUCAAAUACAAACCAAUAUCUGAGAAUUCAAAGGAGACACUCAAUUCAAUGAGGUAUCGUGGAAUGGAUGGUUUCGUCGCCGCUGUUUCUCCAUUUAAUUUUACUGCCAUCGGUGGUAAUCUUAGUUAUACACCAGCUCUCAUGGGCAAUGCUGUUUUAUGGAAACCAUCAGACACGGCAAUGCUUUCGAAUUGGAUCAUCUUUAAAAUUUGCAGGGAAGCGGGUGUACCACCGGGUGUUGUAAAUUUUGUACCAGCUUUGGGUCCUGAUUUUGGUGAUACCAUUACGUCGUCGCCAUUCCUUUCGGGAAUUAAUUUCACUGGAUCGGUGCCGACAUUCAAUCGACUCUGGUCACAAGUGGGCAAGAAUAUCGACAUUUAUAAAAAUUAUCCAAAACUUAUUGGCGAAUGCGGUGGGAAGAAUUAUCACUUUGUCCAUCCAACUGCAGACGUUGAGUCUGUUGUUAAGGGGACAAUUCGCAGUGCUUUCGAGUAUAAUGGACAGAAGUGUUCCGCUUGCAGUCGAAUGUACGUUCCUGAAUCUCUCUGGAGUAAGAUUAAAGAAGGCCUCGUCAAUGUCCAGAGUAAAUUAAAAGUAGGCGAUGUUCGUGACUUUUCAAAUUUCAUCGGUGCUGUUAUUGACAAACGAGCAUAUGACAGAAUCACCGGCUAUAUUAAACACGCCAAGCAAUCGUCACAGUUAGAAAUCAUCGCCGGUGGUGGUUUCGAUGAUUCAUGUGGAUAUUUCAUUGAACCAACGAUAGUGGUGUCAAAGGAUCCCAAAGAUAAGAUAAUGACUGAAGAAAUUUUUGGACCAGUUAUCUCGAUUUAUGUCUAUAAGGACAAAAAUCUUGACGAGACACUGAAGUUGGUAGAGUCUUCCACUCCUUAUGCUCUGACCGGAGCUAUUUUCUCACAAGACGAAAAUUGGGCAAGAGAGGCGCUGGACGAGUUAAAAUACACUGCGGGCAAUUUUUACGUUAAUGACAAAUCAACUGGUUCGGUGGUUGGUCAACAACCAUUCGGUGGUAGCAGAAUGUCGGGUACAAACGAUAAAGCCGGUGGACCACAUUAUGUCCUACGAUGGGCGAGUCCUCAAUCAAUAAAAGAAACUUUUGUACCUUUACGAGACUACGAUUAUCCAUACAUGAGAAGUUAGACUUAAAAAAAAAGAAUUUGAAAUCUAGAAACAAAAAAAGAGGAAAAUUUGAAAAAAAAAAUGUGACUGCAUUUUAAAAAGUUAUUCGUACUAAAAGAAGAAACAGUAUUUUUAUCUCUAAUAAUGCAAGAACCGAAUUUACGCUUAUAAAAAGGAAGAAAUUUCUUCUUUUGUUAAUUGCUCCAUAUGUAUAAUUAACGUGUUUUAUUUGAAUACAAUAAAAAAAUGUAUUCAAAAAUCCUCUUCCAAAUAAUAGAAAUAUUUAAUUUCUAAAAUUCUGAAUUCCUUGAAAAUCUCUAAUUCUCUAGCUCUUAUAAACAUUCAGAAAUUUCAUUCAGAAUUUGAGAUAUUAAAAUGGAAAUAGGAUAAUUCGCAUAUUGCGUAUACAGAUCUCUUUAUUUUUGUGUUCAAACUUGACUGCCAAUGAGGAACGCAUUUACCAAAUAAAAUAAAAACAACAGUUUUUAAUUUCUUCGAAAAGUUUCUUAUUCAUUGAUAACUGGAAUGUAAAAUAAAACUCAGAACAA